AUGGACGCGAUCAACAGCGCUGUCCAGAACGGCAACGACGAGCACCCGACCAAGAAGCGCAAGCUCUCCGACGCCGCAGACGAUCUCGACCUCGACCUCGACGAGGACGCCAAAAUCGCCAAGCUCGCGCGCGCGUCGCCCGCACCCGUCGUCGUCGACGAGUUUGAAACCGAGGCAAAGCGCGAAGUCGCCGCUAGCGCAGGGCUCACGGGCGCCGUCGAGGAGGGAUCAAGACUCGAGCUUCGGCAUCAGGUCCGACACCAGGUCGCAGUGCCUCCCGCCUACAGCUACAUCCCAAUAUCCCAGCACGUUCCCCCAGCCAAACCGGCGCGGACGUACAAGUUCACGCUUGAUCCAUUCCAGCAGGUCUCCGUCCAUGCCAUACAACGAAACGAGUCUGUCCUUGUGUCUGCACACACCAGUGCCGGCAAGACCGUUGUCGCAGAAUAUGCCAUUGCACAAUGUCUCGACAACAAGCAGCGGGUGAUUUACACAAGUCCCAUCAAGGCCCUCAGUAAUCAAAAGUAUCGCGAACUUCUUGCAGACUUUGGAGACGUCGGACUUAUGACCGGAGAUGUUACCAUCAACCCUUCCGCUUCAUGUCUAGUCAUGACCACCGAGAUUCUGCGCUCAAUGCUCUAUCGUGGCUCCGAAGUCAUGCGCGAAGUCGCAUGGGUCAUCUUCGACGAGAUCCACUACAUGCGCGACAAGGAGCGUGGCGUCGUCUGGGAAGAAACCAUCAUCCUCCUACCCCAUUCUGUUCGCUACGUUUUCCUCUCCGCGACGAUCCCCAACGCGAUGCAGUUCGCCGAGUGGAUAUGCAAGUCGCACGAGCAACCCUGUCACGUCGUCUACACCGACUUCCGCCCCACGCCCCUCCAGCACUACCUCUUCCCCGCCGGCGGAGAGGGCAUAUAUCUCGUCGUGAACGAGAAGGGCGAGUUCCGCGAGGAUAACUUCACAAAAGCUAUGGGUUUACUGCAGGACAAGAUGGGCGAGGAUCCUGCCGACCCGAAGAGCGGCAAGAAUCGCAAGGGCAAGACAAAGAAGGGCGGCGACAAGAAGGGUCCAUCCGACAUUAGCAAAAUCAUCAAGAUGAUCAUGCUCAAAAACUACAACCCCGUCAUCGUCUUUGCAUUUAGUAAACGCGAAUGCGAAGCCCUCGCGCUUACCAUGGUCAAGUUCGAAUUCAACACCGCCGACGAACAAGAACUCGUCGCCAACAUCUUCACCAACGCCAUCGAGAACCUUUCCCCCGCCGACCGCCAGCUCGCCCAGAUCGAGAACCUCCUCCCGCUGCUCAAGCGCGGCAUCGGCAUCCACCACGGCGGCCUCCUGCCCAUCCUCAAAGAAGUCAUCGAGAUCCUCUUCCAAGAGGGCCUCAUCAAGGUCCUCUUCGCUACCGAGACGUUCUCCAUCGGCCUCAACAUGCCCGCCAAGACCGUCGUCUUCACCGCCGCGCGCAAGUUCGACGGGCAAGAGUUCCGCAACCUCGCCUCGGGCGAGUACAUCCAGAUGUCCGGCCGCGCGGGCCGCCGCGGGCUCGACGACCGCGGCGUCGUCAUCAUGAUGUGCGAUGAGAAGCUCGAACCGGCCGCGGCCAAGGAGAUGAUCAAGGGCGAGGCGAACCGACUCGACUCGGCGUUCCAUCUUGGGUAUAAUAUGGUGCUGAACCUGAUGAAGGUGGAGGGUAUCAGUCCGGAGUAUAUGCUCGAGCGUUGUUUCUUCCAGUUCCAGAGUAGCGCGGGUAUUCCACUAUUACAGGGCGACCUGGAGGCGGAGGAAAGGAAGCUGAGCGAGAUGGUCGUGCCCGACGAAAAGCAGGUUGCGGAGUACUACGAAUACCGUCAGAAACUCGAGUCAAUGGGCGAGGAUUUCCGGACAGUCAUUACGCACCCCAGCUACAGCCUUCCUUUCCUACAACCAGGGCGGUUAGUGAAGGUAAAAUACAAAAAACUUGACUUUGGUUGGGGCGUCAUUGUCAACUACCAGAAGCGGACACACCCAAAGGGCGAAGUGUCGCUCGAGCCCAUACCUCCCCACGAACAAUACGUUGUCGACGUCCUCCUCAACUGCGCCCCCGCCUCCUCCAUCCCCAAAGACCGCAACGUAACGACAGCGACCCCUGCCGGCGUCCAGCCAUGUCCGCCGGGCGAAAAAGGCACCCCUCUUGUCGUCCCUAUAUUACUCUCCACCAUCCACGGCAUCAGCCACAUUCGCCUGUUUCUCCCAAAAGACCUCCGGCCGGAGGCAGCUCGCGAGACGGUGUGGAAGAGUGUGGGGGAGGUGCAGCGGCGGUUCCCAGAUGGGAUAGCCCUACUCGACCCUAUACAGAAUAUGGACAUUAAAGAUGACAAGUUCAAGGAACUCGUCAAGCGCAUCGAAUCCACCGAGCGUCAAAUGUUCGCUUCUCCCUUGCACAAGGAUCCUCGCCUGCCCGAGCUCUACAGCUUGUACUCCACAAAGGAAGAGACCCGCGCGCGGGUACGCGCGCUCAAGUCGAAGAUCUCGGAGACGUACGACGUCCUCCAGCUGCACGAGCUCAAGUGCCGCAAGCGCGUGCUCCGCAAACUCGGCUUCACGUCCGCGGACGACAUUGUCGACAUGAAGGGCCGCGUCGCGUGCGAGAUCAGCACCGGCGACGAGCUCCUCCUCACCGAGCUCAUCUUCAACGGCGCGUUCAACUCGCUCCUGCCCGAGCAGUGCGCGAGUCUGCUCAGCUGUUUCGUGUUUACGGAGAAGAGCGAGAAGCAGACAAAGUUGGGCGAGGAGCUGGCUGCGCCACUGCGAGUCAUGCAGGAGCUCGCGCGCCGCAUCGCAAAAGUCGCCAAAGAGUCCAACCUGCCCAUCCAGGAGGACGAGUACGUGUCCUCGUUCAAGGUCGAGCUCAUGGACUCCGUCAUGCAGUGGUGCCGUGGCGCCUCUUUCGCCGACAUAUGCAAGCUCACGGAUCAGUUCGAGGGCAACCUUAUCCGCGUCUUCCGCCGGCUCGGCGAGCUCCUGCGCCAGAUGGCGCAGGCGGCGAAAGUGAUCGGAAACGCGGAGCUCGAGGACAAGUUCAACCAGGCGUCAGAAAUGCUCGAGCGGCCCAAUUCCGUCAUCUUCUGCUCAUCGUUGUACCUGUAG